GAAUAACUGGAGCCAUGUCGAUGACCAGUUUGAGUUCCAAGUCUCGGCGACCCGAAGAUAUCGUCAUCGAAGGUUGGCUGCACAAAAAAGGAGAACACAUAAGGAACUGGAGGCCAAGAUAUUUCAUACUGUUCCACGAUGGAGCGCUAUUGGGAUUCAAGACAAAACCGAAGUUAGGGCAACCGUUUCCAGAACCGCUCAACGAUUUCAUGGUCAAAGAUGCACAGUCUCGAGAGAGAUGGAUCGCCGCAAUAGAGCUAAUUGCAAAUCGCUAUAGGCAACACAUGAGUGAGGAACCACAACCAGUUCAUGAAGAAAUGAUGGAAGUUGUAAGCCAGGCAUCGAUAGACGAUCUGUCUAGUGAAUAUGCUGCUGCAGCUCAUGCUAUCAUGGGUCAACCAUCAAUGCCAUCAACAAACUCAGCAUCAGUGUCCACCAGAGGUGAAAUGAUGAGCAUCGCUGACACUAGUGAAGCUGCUAAACGGGAUAAGAUUAGAGUGGAUUGUAUUGAGUCGGAAGGUUACAAUUGGUGA